ACACACUCAAACACGCAUGCACACAUACACACACACCCUCCUCCCCCACCGCUGCAGUGUCUCAACUGCCUUGGAGCAAACAAGAGAGGAAAUAGAACACAGACAAUAAUAAGAAAGGCGAGAAAGAGGGGAAUAGAAAGAGAGAGAGAGAGAGAGAGAGAGAGAGAGAGGGUGUGAAAGACAGGAGAAUGUUGGACUAAGGGUGGAGUGCACACAGCCGUUCUCUUCCAGCAAGUGUUUGUCUGCAGUAUCCCUGGUGAAUGGAUGCUGGACGGUGAAACGAAACGGGGACCUUCAGUUUCCUGAGACGCACCACUGCGAGGAGGAAACGGAGCAGAAUAUAGCCCAGAGAGGAGGCAGACAAGGCGUGAAGGACUGCCCUGGAUGACUGCUGUCACCAAGAUAGGGAGCGGUGACGUGAGAGCCAUGAGGGAGGAGAGCGAGGGGGAUUUGCUGCACCUACACAUCAUCCCCGAACACUGUCUUCACUAACACCUCCAUCCCCAUUCCUGCUCCGUAAGUUUCCUCAGGGGGUGACCCCUGAUAUGACCCCCAGCACCUGUGGAAUUAGGCAGUCCAACCCAAGCCCCAGCUCCAGGCUCUGUGUGGGCAUCCCACCAUGUCCUGGUAGAGCUCUGUGCCAACGCCAGUUCCAAAUCCUGGGAUGAACCCACAGAGGACCAACGCACAGCCUCUAGAUCACGAGGAGAAUGAAAUAUUCCUGAGUCAUUCCUGCUCUAUGGUUCUCGUUUCCCUCUGUUUGCUCUGAGUGGAAGGUGUCUCUCUUGCUUCCCAUCAAGCCCCUGCAGCUUUGAAGAUUCCAACGUAAUCCUAUUCCUGCUCUGACAUCCAUCCCUCUCUUCGUUACUCUCUUAUCUCUGUUCCUUUUGAUCUUCCAGAUUAUUUUAGUUUGACCCCCCCAUACGCGCCCCCUUUUGCCACCCGGCACGUUCUCCUCUGUGAUCACCACGUUUUCCUCGGUGUUCACCGCGUGGCAGACGACCAUGGGUUGCCGGCAGAGUUCGGAGGAGAAGGAGGCGGCGCGGCGCUCCCGGCGGAUCGACCGCCACCUGCGCUCGGAGAGCCAGCGGCAGCGGCGCGAGAUCAAGCUCCUUCUGCUGGGCACCAGCAACUCUGGCAAGAGCACCAUCGUCAAGCAGAUGAAGAUCAUCCACAGUGGAGGCUUCAAUCUGGACGCCUGCAAGGAGUACAAGCCCCUCAUCCUCUACAACGCCAUCGACUCGCUCACACGCAUCAUCCGUGCCCUGGCCACGCUCAAGAUCGACUUCCACAACCCCGACCGCGCCUAUGACGCCGUGCAGCUCUUCGCCCUAACCGGGCCGGCCGAGAGCAAAGGGGAGAUCACAGAGGAGCUGCAGGGGGUCAUGAAGCGCCUGUGGGCCGACUCAGGCGUGCAGGAGUGCUUCUGCCGCUCCAACGAGUACCACCUGGAGGAUAACACUGCCUACUAUCUGAACGACCUGGACCGCAUCUCCUCCAACGAGUUCAUCCCCACCGUGGAGGACAUCCUGUGCUCCCGCGACAUGACCACGGGCAUCGUGGAGAACAAGUUCACCUUCAAGGAGCUCACCUUCAAGAUGGUGGACGUGGGGGGGCAGCGCUCGGAGAGGAAGAAGUGGAUCCAUUGCUUUGAGGGCGUGACCGCCAUCAUUUUCUGUGUGGAGCUAAGUGGCUAUGACCUCAAGCUAUACGAGGACAACCAGACGAGUCGUAUGGCAGAGAGCCUGCGUCUGUUUGACUCCAUCUGCAACAACAACUGGUUCACCAACACCUCACUCAUCCUCUUCCUCAACAAGAAGGACCUGUUGGCCGAGAAGAUCAAGCGCAUCCCUCUGACUGUGUGCUUCGCCGACUACAGAGGUCAGAACACCUACGAGGAAGCGGCAGUCUACGUGCAGCGGCAGUUCGAGGACCUCAACCGCAACAAGGAGACCAAGGAGAUUUACUCGCACUUCACCUGCGCCACAGACACCAGCAACAUCCAGUUUGUGUUCGACGCCGUCACGGACGUGAUCAUCCAGAACAAUCUCAAGUACAUUGGGCUGUGCUAGGACUGGGGAUAGGGUGGGGAGGGGAGAGAGGGCUGCAUGGCAGCAGUAGACCCAUUCGCUACCAGGCCCGUUACACACAAAGCCUGUCUGUCAGUCUCUUUGAGGAAGUGUAGGAAAGAGAGAACCUGCAAGGUGGAGCAAGGGGGUUGGGAUUGUCAGAGACGGCUAUAGGAUCAACUGAUCUGCUUGAAAUAUUAGAGUUGAGGGUCAAUGGUCAAGAUGGGAUUUACCCAAGGUCAGCAUAAAUGUGUUUGCACUGAAUAUAUGAGUAUGUAGAGACACACACGCGCACACACACACACACACACACACACACACACACACACACACACACACACACAUGCUUAUGUUUGCUCACACACAAGGACUUGGGAUCAACUGUCAAGCACUUGUUUGGCGUGGAAACAAUGGAAACU